AUGUCGUUGUGCAGGAAGCGACCCUGCGUGGGCUCACGGACACCCCCUACCCGUCAACCGAACCGUUCUAUCCCGCUGAAAUAUCACUCUGUCAACGUGGGCUUUCUGCGACAGCCAAAAAUAAUACAUCAUGCUGCUGGAAUCGAUCAUUACCCUACAACUGAAGCGGAUUUCAGCACGCUUGUAUCAUUUGAGCUACAGCCUGAAGAAGAUCGAGCAUCAGCUGACAAUCCAUAA